UUUCUCCCACACUAUCUCUCACUCUUCGAACACUGCAAAGGCUAAAUUACAGAUUCGAAUAACAGUGCAACUUCUUCUUCUCCUUCCUCUGUUCCCAACACCUGUCGUUUCUUUAACUUCUCUCUUUGUCACAUUCCUUUUACUAAACCCAUUUAAAGAUCCAUCUUUAAUCACUGGUUUUUUCAUAAGGGCACGAUCUUAUCAAGGAAAUCAAUCACUUUGACUUCACAUCCUCUGUCCUGAAACUCCCCUGUUCUUUCUUUCUUUCUUCUUUGUUUAAUAGAUUUUUAUAAGAUGGUGAGCCAAAACGUCGUCGUAUCAGACGCCAAUACCGGAAUCAUAACCGUCUCCAACUCCUCCGUCUUUGCUCCUUCCGCUCAAAAACCACCGACUGUUCCUGGUCACAUCUCAAUUUCCAAGAAGAAACUACUCAAGAACCUUGAACUCAGUGGCGCUCAAAGUCAGAGACUCAACUCUUGGGUUGACUCCAUGAGAGCUUCUUCUCCUACUCAUCUCAAAUCACUUUCUUCUCUUUCAUCAGAAGAAGAGCUCAAUUCUUGGCUUAAACGACAUCCAUCGGCUCUUGACAUGUUUGAAAGAAUCAUCGAAGCUUCAAGAGGAAAACAGAUCGUUAUGUUUCUUGACUAUGACGGUACUCUUUCUCCAAUCGUCGCUGAUCCAGACAGAGCUUUUAUAACCAGCAAGAUGAGAAGAACAGUGAAAAAACUGGCUAAGUCCUUUCCAACUUCUAUAGUUACUGGUAGAUGCAUAGACAAGGUGUAUAGCUUUGUGAAGCUAGCAGAACUGUAUUAUGCUGGUAGCCAUGGAAUGGAUAUUAAAGGUCCAACAAAAGGUUUCUCCAGAUACAAUAAGGAUAAACCAUCUGUUCUUUAUCAACCAGCUGGAGACUUUCUUCCCAUGAUCGAUGAGGUUUUUAAACAAUUAGUGGAGAAAACCAAAUCAACACCAGGAGCCAAAGUGGAGAACAACAAGUUCUGUCUUUCUGUACACUUCCGUUGCGUCGAUGAGAAGAAAUGGAGCGACCUGGCUUUAAAAGUUCGGUCGGUGGUAAAGAACUAUCCGACAUUGAAACUGUCCCAAGGUCGGAAGGUUCUUGAAAUCCGACCUAUGAUUAAAUGGGACAAAGGCAAGGCUCUUGAGUUUUUGUUAGAGUCACUUGGAUUUGAGAACUCUAAUGAUGUAUUUCCGAUUUACAUUGGUGAUGAUCGAACCGAUGAAGAUGCUUUUAAGCUGCUUCAAGAGAGAGGACAAGGCUUCGGCAUUCUUGUCUCCAAAUUUCCCAAAGACACUAAUGCAUCGUAUUCUUUGCAAGAUCCACCCGAGGUGAUGGAUUUCUUGCGACGGUUGGUGGAGUGGAAACAAAUUCAACAAUGAUCAUGAAGGGGGCAAUGGAGUAAUCAUAGCAAAAAUAAUCAUCAGCAUAUAGUAUAUAUUUAUAGAUGAUGUAUAUCCCUAACCUAUAACGGAACAUUUUACAAGAUAUACAAGGGAAAAUUCUUAACGUGCCCUUAUAUAUUGGUUGAUCUUGUUCAUCAUAAUUCUCCUUAAGAAAAAUAUGAACAAGAACUUUUGUCAAUCAGGGAUAUAUUUUUCUUUCUUUUAUAGCCUUCUAAUUCUAAAGGCAUUUUUUACCUUGUAAACUAAGGGAAAGUAUGGGAAUGUGUAUAUACCUUUUGUAAAAUCUACAUUUUCUGUCCUAUAUUGCUGUUUUUAUCUUCAUCA